AUGCGUUACCCUCAUUAUGAAGUAUGUUGUGGAGGAACGUUUUCGAUGUACGGUAGUGUUAAAUCUACUUCCAGUUAUUCUUUCAUUUCUUUGCUUUUCAGAACCACUGAUGGCGUACUGAAAAUGAGCGACGGCUCUACUGUGUCACCAGUGUUGAUGUGGGUGAAAGCCAUGGAUCUAUUGCUGGAACAGAUUCAUUCACGUGUUCCAACAAAGAAUAUCCGUUAUAUCGGUGGAUGCGCGCAGCAACAUGGGACUGUGUAUUGGGCCAACGGAGCCGAGAGAAAACUCGCCACUCUUUCUCCCGUUUUCAAACUUUUCGACGGUCUGGGAGAGUCAUCUUUCGCCUUGCCUCUCAGUCCUACAUGGAUGGAUUCAAGUACGGAAAAACAAUGUUCCGCGAUGGAAAAAGCUUUAAACGGGGAAGAGAACAUGGUUCGUAUCACAGGAUCACGAGCUCAUCGCAGAUUCAGCGGCCCACAGAUCACGAAGGUUCUAGAAACCAAUAGGCAAGCAUGGAAUAACUGUGAGCGGAUUUCGGUAAUAUCGUCAUUCACCUGCUCUUUAUUCAGAGGAGAGAUCGCACCCAUUGAAUACACGGACGGUAGCGGUAUGAACCUUAUGAAUAUUCAGGUAGGGAAUCGCUAUCAUUUCCGAAAUGGUACCGUCUCGAAUUAUAUGAUCCAGAGAUACGGGUUCAGUAAGGACUGCAUGGUGCUUCCGUUUCUCGGCGAUAAUCCAGCCUCCCUGGCUGGUUUGAAUCUCUCAAAAGGAGACGUCGCUAUCUCACUUGGUACGAGUGAUACUGUUUUUUUCACCACCACUGAGUAUAAGCCGUGCGUGGAUGCCCACGUAUUCAGUCACUUUUCUGGAAGAAGAGACGAGUUCAUGGUCCUUGUAUGUUUCAAGAACGGUUCACUAACAAGGGAACGAGUGCGCAAACAGCUUGGUUGCCAAUGGGACGAAUUUGCUGCGCUCUUAGCUAAAACUCCGCCAGGAAAUAGAGGAAACAUUGGCUUCUACUUUGAUGACGACGAAAUCGCUCCGCGAGUUACUAAAGGAGACUUCAGAUACCAAAAAGAUGGAUUGUGCCAUCUUGUUGAAAAAUUCCCACCAGAGAUUGAUAAGGUAGAAUAUAAAGAGAUACAAAUUUGCUUCUUAAUAAUUUCCACAAAAAAAGAAAUCCUUUUUUCCGAGUGGAUCCGUUAUACAGGCCGUCUUUUCCUUACUGGAGGUGCUUCGACCAAUCGCGAUUUACAGCGGGUACUGUCCGACGUUUUCACUAUGGACGUGUAUACACUGAAUGUUCCCGAUUCGGCAGCUCUCGGUAGUGCUAUGCUUGCCAGAUACGCUUACUACUCACCGCCUUCGUCCUACAGCGAUUACUACAACAGUACAACAAAUAUCGAAAAAGUGGCGGAGCCUGAUGUUGCGAAGUCGCAAAUUUAUGAGGAAAUGCUACCCGAGUUCACCAAACUUUGUCACUCUCUUCCAGUUCCUUAA